AUGGCGACCAGGAAACUCCUGUUGUACACUGCGGACUUCAUGAGAAGCCUGAAGAACAGCAACCCCUCACCGCCGAUUCCUGACGCGAAGAGCUUGCUGUGCAACUAUGGACUACUGCGAGGUCACUCUAGACCCAGAGGGAAGAAAGCAGGUACCAACUUUAUACGAAAAAUUGAAACUGUAACCGGUACAUCAUCUAACCUGAUCAGAUCUCGCGCCAACCUGUUGCCUGUUUCCCGCGGAAAUGUAAAGGCUGUUAAACGAGUAAACAACAACAACCCCAGCUGCACCUACUCCGUGCCAACAUUCCUGCUACACAAUCCCAGUUCAUUAGUUAAUAAGCUGGAUGAAUUCCAAUCAGUACUUCUAAAUAACAACAUCGACAUAGCAGCAAUAGCUGAGACCUGGUUUACACAGUCAACACCCAGUCAGCUCCAGUCAGUCGACGGUUACAAUGUAUAUUCUAAGUGCCGAUCUUCACGCAUGGGAGGCGGCGUGGCAAUAUACAUUCGAGACAACAUCCCCUCAUCAUCCAUCACUGACAUUAACGUACCGGAUCACCUGGAAUGCCUAUGGGUCAGCGUAAGACCCUAUCGCUUGCCCAGAAACUACUCAUCCAUCGCCCUUUGUUGUCUUUAUUCACCACCACAAUCACCGUAUGCCGAAGAGCUGAUCGAUCACCUCACGACAACCACGGAUCACCUGCGCACGAGGCACCCACACAUCGGACUAGCACUGCUAGGGGACUUCAACCACCUGAACAUUCGGGACGUCCUGCUGGACAGAGAUCUUUCCCGAGUAGUUCAGAGCCAUACCAGAGUUAAUGCCACCCUUGACCUGAUCAUAUCUAACAUGAAGUCGUUCUACCAGACACCUGAGAUCCUCCCACCAAUUGGACUAAGUGAUCACUUCUGCAUUCUGUGGCAACCCAGAAGUAAACUGAAAAACAACCUGUGUACGAAACACGUCACCCGGCCUAUCCGUGAACCCAACCUGAGCGCGUUCGCUCAUUACACAGCGGCAGAGGAGCUUUCAAUCCGGGUGCUCGACAACACUGACGAAGUUCUACAGAAACAUAGUAGCACGGGAAAUCAGGAAAGCAAAAAAAAAAAACAGUUCUACAACAUCAACGUUGACAACAACAUUAACAGCAACCCCAAGUCCUGGCACCACAAGAUCAAGGUCAUGUGCAACACGACUAAGAAAGCCUGCCAUAUCCAAGUACCAGGUAUUGACCACAACAACUACAGUGCCAUAGCAAACGCGAUCAAUGUCAAGAUCGCCAGUAUAUCACAGUCCCUCCCGCCUUUGGAUACGUCUACGCUUCCAGCCUUCCUACCGGCACAUCCUAUUCCUACCAUCCAAGUGUGGGACGCAUACACAAAACUCAAGUCCACUAACUGUAACAAGAGUCCUGGACCUGGCGGCGUCCCGGCCCUGAUUCUGAAGAAAUUUGCAUGCGAGAUCAGCGGGCCUUUCUGUGAACUGAUGAACUCGUCCUUCAGAGAAGGAAUCGUCCCUCACCAAUGGAAAGAAGCAAAUGUUAUUCCUCUUCCCAAAACCUCACCACCUGAUAUAAACGAGUUAAGACCGAUUUUUCUCACUGCACAGCUUGCUAAACACUGUGAACGUUUCGCCGCACACUGGAUUAUGCAGGACAUAUCCACCAAACUGGACCCCAGACAGUUCGGAUGCAGAAAGAACAGAUCGACCACUCAUGCCCUGAUCAGCAUGCUUGACUUUCUCUACAAAUCAUCGUCAGUUCCUAACACCAUCAGUACGCUCAUUACAUAUGACUUCUCUAAAGCGUUCGACUUGGUCGACCAUACCACUGCAGUGAAGUGCCUGAUUGAUUUAGGAGUGCGACCAUCCCUCCUACCAUGGAUCUGUAGUUUUAUGUCCAACAGACGACAGCGUGUGCGCUACCAUGGCCAAAUUUCGGACUGGCAACAUCUGUCUUGUGGUGGAGCACAGGGAACCAUCUUGGGUCCUAUUAUUUUCCUUGCACUGAUCAACAGUGCACUCAGGGAGCUAAGCAACAGGUGGAAAUAUGUAGAUGGCAUGAACCUCACCCAAGUCAGAUUCCUCCACCAACAGUGUUCACUACAAACCUCCCUUGACAACCUCAGUACCUGGGUCAGAGAACACAAAAUGAAGAUGAACUCCCGAAAGUGCAAAGCACUCCACAUCUGUUUUGCUAGGACCCCACCCACUCCUGAACCACUCCUCAUUGACGGACAGACACUUGAGACAGUUGUUCACAUCAAAGUCCUGGGAGUGACAAUACAGAGUGACCUCAAAUGGGACAUACAAGUAGAUUACAUGAUCAGCGCCUCAAACAGAAAACUGUUCCUGUUACGCCGACUGAAGAGGUUUGGAGUUACUACACAAGACCUCACAACCGUCUACAUCGUGUACGUCAGACCCACUAUGGAAUACGCGGCACCGGUGUGGCACCCGGCCCUGACCUGUACACAGUCUGCAAGACUAGAACGACAACAGAAACGAGCAUGCAGAAUCAUCCUGGGCACAGAGUACACAGACUACACCUCAGCACUGUCUACACUAAACCUUGACUCCUUGGCAGAACGACGUACUCAUCUAUGCCUCACCUUCGCCAAGAAACUCCUCAACUCUGAAUUCAGUGACUGGUUACCCCCAUCCCGUAAACAGAUAUCCGGCAGAAACACACGUAGUGCGAACAAACUGGACAUUCCCAUCUGUAGAACAGCUCGCCACAAAAACUCUGCGAUACCUUACAUGACAAACUUGCUGAACAAACACUUCAACUGA